AUGUCGAAACAUCCUACCCUGAUUAAACCUCCCAAAUCCCUACCGCACCACUCACCGAUCGAAAACGUCCUCUCUCUCCUACCCCUGGUCGACAUCGGACCAGACAUAUACACCAACGCCCGACCACUAUGGCACCCACCGGGAGCACGCGGGAUCUACGGAGGCGCAGCAAUCGCACAAUGUCUAUCCGCUGCACAAGCAACGAUCCCGCCCGACUUUACCGUCCACAGUAUGCACUGCUACUUCGUUUUGGCAGGCAACUCGGAGAUACCCGUAUUAUACCAUGUUGAACGAGUGCGUGACGGCCGCAGCUUCAUCACCCGAACCGUACAGGCGCGCCAGAGGGGGAAAUGCAUCUUCACCACCACAUUGUCGUUCAUGAAAGAAGGCAGCGGCGGCCGCGAGACAGUUCAACACGCCGUACCUAUGCCUGCCGACGUCGCGACACGUCCUCCUCCCGACACGGCCGAGUCCAGUCGUUUGGCAUGGAGUGCCAACGACACAGGAGAAUCACAACCCUUUGAAUCCGUCCGCUGCGCCGUGACCCGUCGCGAUCCUCCUGCAAGUCGCAAACUGCGUCAAUGGAUCCGGGCCCGUGGUCGAAUUAGUGAUUGUCCGCCUAAUGUGCGUGAGGAAGAGUUGGUGCGGGGCGAAAGAGCUCAUCAACAAGGAAGUAAUCACCAGGCUCAUCUUUCUGCUUUGGCGUAUAUGUCCGACUCGUAUUUUAUUGGGACCGUCGCUCGCGUUCAUAAUCUUGUUCGAUUUACGAAUCGCCAGAAUAUCGAGCGCACACUCGCUUCGUUCAAGGGUUCGGACGAGGAAAAGGAUCAGAUGAGACGGUAUCUCGAGGAGGUGGCGCGUGAAGAGGCCGAAGAAAAUAAACAGUUUGAACAGUUGGGUGGAGAAGGGGAGAAGGAAAAGAGUAAGACGCCAGAUGACCGUCGCAUUGGCAUGAUGGUAUCCCUUGAUCAUUCUAUUUAUUUCCACAACCCGCGCGCGUUCCGGGCCGAUGAGUGGAUGUUGCAGGAGAUGGAGAGUCCCUGGGCUGGCGAUGGCAGAGGUCUCGUGUUUCAACGUAUCUGGAGUAAGGAUGGUACUUUGAUCGCUACUUGUGUCCAGGAGGGUGUGACUCGCUUGCAGCAGAAGGGGGAGACAAAGUUAUAG